AUGGCUACUGAAAAACGCAGCACUGUUAAGCUGGAUGCUAUACGAGAUAUUGAAAAGCAAAUUCAAAAGAAAUGGCAAGGAAUGAAAAUAUUUGAAGUAGAUGCACCAGCAAAUUCAACCAACAAUUCCAACAAAUAUUUUGUAACAUUUCCGUAUCCGUAUAUGAAUGGCCGUCUUCAUCUUGGUCAUACGUUUUCAUUAUCAAAAUGUGAGUUUGCUGUUGGCUAUCAGCGUCUUAAAGGCAAACAUUGUUUAUUUCCGUUUGGUUUUCAUUGUACUGGUAUGCCUAUUCGGGCUUGUGCUGACAAACUACAACGAGAACUUCAAGAAUUUGGUUUUCCUCCUACAUUUCCAAGUGAUGAGGACAAUAACGUUAAUGAAACAGAAGAUGCAAAACAACAACAAGAUCAUAACGAUAUAAAAAUUGAAAAUAAAGCGAAAGGAAAAAAGAGUAAAGCUGCUGCGAAAUCUACGGGUGAAAAAUAUCAAUGGCAAAUAAUGCAUAGUCUUGGAAUAGAUGACGAUAAUGAAAUAAAAAAAUUUUCCGAUCCGUUGUAUUGGUUGGCGUACUUUCCACCACAUGUCAAAGAAGAUUUAGACAUGAUGGGUUUAAAAGUAAAUGAUCAACCAUGUAUGGAUCAUGAUCGAAGCACCGGAGAAGGUGUAGCACCGCAAGAAUAUACAUUGAUCAAAUUAAAAAUACAUGAUGAUCAUGUACCAGAAAAAUUGAAAGGUAUAUCACAACAAGGAGUCUAUUUGGUAGCGGCUACCUUACGUCCAGAAACAAUGUAUGGUCAGACAAACUGUUGGCUUCACCCCGAUCUGGAAUAUGUUGCAUUUUUAACAAAAACAAAAGAAAUUUUCAUUUGUACUCAUCGUGCAGCGAAAAAUUUAUCGUAUCAAGAGUACACCGAUGAAUAUGGUCGUUAUACUGUUCUACAAGAAUAUGUUGGCUCUGAAUUAUUGGGUCUGCCGUUACAUGCACCAUUAUCAUCAUACGAAACUGUUUACACGUUACCGAUGAUGACAAUUAAAGGUGAUAAAGGUACUGGGGUCGUAACAUCGGUACCAUCGGAUAGUCCUGAUGAUUAUGCAGCAUUAUCCGAUCUAAAAAACAAACCAAAUUUACGAGAAAAAUACAAAAUCAAAGAUGAAAUGGUCACGGAUUAUAAUCCGGUACCCAUUAUUGAAUUGCAACCGUAUGGCCGUCUAUCAGCUGUGACAAUAUGUGAGCAAUUAAAAAUUCAUUCACAAAACGAUCGUGAUAAAUUAUUAGAAGCUAAAGAAAAAAUCUAUUUAAAAUCAUUUUAUGAUGGUGUUUUGCUAGUCGGUGAACAUAAGGAUAAAAAAGUGUGUGAUGCAAAAAAAUUGAUUCGUGAUUUUCUAAUUAAAAAUCAACAAGCGUGUGCCUAUUAUGAACCAGAAUCUAAAAUAAUAUCACGGUCAAGUGAUGAAUGUGUAGUGGCACUGUGUGAUCAGUGGUAUUUAGAUUAUGGCAAUGAAGAGUGGAAAUCGAAGACAAGACAUGUUUUAGAACAAUUAAAUACAUAUGGUGAUGAUACACGUAAAAAUUUUGAAAUGACAAUUGAUUGGUUACAUGAACACGCAUGUUCAAGAUCCUAUGGUCUUGGAACAAAAUUACCUUGGGAUGAUAAAUAUUUAAUUGAAUCAUUAUCCGAUUCAACUGUUUAUAUGUCUUAUUAUACUGUUGCACAUUUAUUACAAGCAAAAGAUUCGUUUAAUGGUUCAAUACCCGGUCCCGCUAAGAUACUACCGCAUCAAAUGACAAUUGAUGUAUGGGAUUAUAUUUUCUUCAAAGAUGCACCUUAUCCAAAAACAGAAAUACCAAAAACAACAUUAGACAUUCUACGAAAUGAAUUUCAAUAUUGGUAUCCAGUGGAUUUGAGAACAUCCGGGAAAGAUUUAAUACCAAAUCAUUUAACUUAUGCAUUGUAUAAUCAUUGUGCGAUGUGGCCAAAUGAAAAUGAUAACAAAUGGCCAAAAGCAUUUCGAUCGAAUGGACAUUUAUUGUUGAAUGCUGAAAAGAUGUCAAAAUCAACAGGCAAUUUUUUAACUUUGGUUCAAGCAGUCGAAAAGUUUUCUGCUGACGGAAUGCGUUUGACAUUGGCUGACGCUGGUGAUACAGUCGAGGAUGCAAAUUUUGAUGAAAAAAUGGCUGAAGCCCAAUUACUUCGUUUAUAUACAUUUGUCGAUUGGGUCAAAGAAGUAUUGAAUAUAAAUGAAUCAUCAAAACCGGUUCCAUCAUCGCCUGAUAGCGGUAUUUUAUCAACAGUUAUCAAUUGGGUCAAAGAUACAUUGUCCAUUUCUGAUCAACAACAACCGAUAUAUCGUACAGAUACAAAAUAUAAUUAUUACGACAAUGUAUUUAUAAGUGAAAUAAAUCGUUCAAUAAAACUGGCCGAAGAAAAUUAUGAAAAAAUGAUCUAUAAAGAUGUUUUAAAACAUGGCUUUUUUGAGUUACAAACAGCACGUGAUAAUUAUCGGGAUUUAUGUUCAGAAAAUGAAUUAAUGAAUAUUAAUUUGAUACGUCAUUUUAUUGAAAUACAAGCACUUCUGUUGGCACCCAUUUGCCCGCAUAUAUGCGAGUACGUUUGGCAAUUAUUACAUCCUAACGAAGCGACAAUUAUGAAUGCAAAAUGGCCAUCAGCAGUUGAUUCUUGUCAUCACUUAUUGGAUACAUGCCAUGAUUUUCGUAAACGUCUCAAAAAUUAUAGCCAAACUCAAAUAUCCAAAACAACAGUAACACCAUCGCCAACAACCAUCACUACAUCUGCAGGACGUCCGCCACUAAUGCAUGCAACAGUAUUCGUAGCAAAAACUUAUCCAAAAUGGCAAUUGUUUGUUCUCAAUGAAAUGAAAGAAUUAUGUAUGAAAAACAAUAAUCAGAUGCCGGAUAACAAACAAUUGUCAACACAUUUUAAGAAUCGAAAAGAAAUUGAAAAAAAACAUCAGAAGGAGUUGAUGCCAUUUAUUAUUCAUAAUAAAGACUUGUACGAAAAAAGUGGCGGUGAUAUAAAUACAUUAGAUCAUCAUUUAAGUUUUGAUGAGUAUGAUUUAUUGAAAACUAAUAUUGAAUAUAUUCGACGUUCAUUAGAUAUAGAAAGUAUUUCCAUUCGUUUAACGGAUACUGUUGAAGAGAAUGAAAAUAUUAAUAUUGAUGAUAUAUUACCGGGUAAACCAUUGAUUCAAUUUCGAUAUGAACAACCAUUAAUGGUACGCAUUAUUAAUGGAGAACCCAACACGCCGUUAUUAGAAGAGCCUUUACCAAUGUUGAACGGUGAUACACUUGAGAAACUAGAAUUAAGAUUAAAACGGAUGGAAAGACGUUUAAAAUCAAUGAAAACCAUUCAGUUUUACCGUUUUCAAGAUCCUCUUACUGGUCCACAAACGAUUCCAAAUUUAUCAAAACCGACAGACGGAUUAAUUGAAUUAAAACAUGACGAUUUGUUCAAUAUCGAUUUAGUUAAACAAACAAUCAUAUUAAAACAACAAAAUAGUGAAAUUGAAAUUGGAAAUGUUUUAGUUUAUUUUGCUACAUAA